AUGUCGGAUAGUUGGAAGGUCGUCAAUGAGCUGCCAGCCCCCUCGGUCACUUCAUCCCAGGCCUGCACCAUACCCACACCGCCGCGGCACGACACCUUUUGCCCAUUAUUUGAGAGUGAGAAUGUUGGCAGCCCGAGGUUGAGGCCAUGCCCAGGAACAGUCACAGUCACGGAGCUUGUGAUCCCGGAUGAUGAAGUCCUGCAGAACAGUAGUCUCAUCCAGCGCCUGACAGCUGCAGCCAAAGAUGCAGCUCUCCUUCAGGGGGUCCUUAUGAGGACAAAGGAAGAUCCAAACAGCAGUGAGACGAUCAACUAUGCUCCCUUCACCCUGUUCCCAUCACCAGUACCAACAAGACUCUUCACCCAGGCAUUUGAGGUCCAGCAAGACUUCAACGUGCUAGUUGAUAAAAUCAGCAUGGAUUCAGAAUUUCUAAAACAAGCACUAGCAAGUACUAUAGAAGCAGAUGGAUUUACAGCUCGCCUGUUCAGCAUCCACAGUCAGGUGCUUGAAGAAGGAAUUACCCAGCCUAUAACUCUGGGUGUGAACCGAUCAGACUACAUGUUUGACAAGAGACACAGUGAGAGUGCCACUCUGAAACAGGUGGAGAUUAACACCAUCGCUGCCGGCUUGGCAGGGCUGGCUUCCAGGAUCCCUGAAGUCCAUCGGCAUGUAUUUAAUGUCUGGGGAAAACCUGACAAAGCGGCAAAGAUCCUGAAUAACAAAGCAGUGGAAGGAAUUUGCAAAGGCAUCACUAAAGCAUGGCAAUUGUAUGGGUCACAUGAGGCAGUGGUUCUCUUCCUGGUUGAGAGAAUCUCGAAGAAUAUAUUUGACCAACGCUGUUUGGAAAUGAACCUUUGGAACAGGAAUCUUCGUGUGAUAAGGAGACAAAUGCUUGAAAUAUAUGAGCGAGGGACCUUGGACGACAGCAAAAGACUUCUCGUAGAUGGAUAUGAAGUUGCUGUUGUCUACUUUCGUACUGGAUACAGUCCAGAUGAUUACCUUAAUGAAGAGUGCUGGAUUGCACGACUGAUGAUUGAGCGUUCCAUGGCAAUUAAAUGCCCAAAUAUCGCCACCCAUCUUGUGGGAACCAAGAAGAUUCAACAGGAAUUGGCGCGUGAAGGAGUCCUUGAGAACUACCUGUCAGACGACCCGGCUGCUGUUGAACGAAUCCGUGCAACUUUUGUGGGCCUCUACAGCAUUGACGAGGGUCCUGAGGGCGAUGAAAUAAUAGCUAAAGCACUGGAGGACCCAGGAGCCUAUGUGCUGAAACCACAGCGAGAGGGAGGAGGAAACAACAUUUUUGAUGAAGAACUCGCGCAUGUUCUGGGGCAUAUUAAAGGUGAUUCACAGAGAUCAGCCUAUAUCCUGAUGGACCGCUUCAAACCACAGGUGGUGAAAAAUUACUUGCUGCACCCUGGGGCGGCUGUGGAACUGUUGGAAUGUACACCUGAGUUGGGAAUGUUUGGUGUCUAUAUCAGGAAUUGUAAUCGACUGUCCAUGAACAUGUGUGCCGGGCACCUACUUCGCACGAAGAGCAUGAAGUUUGCAGAUGGAGUGGUAUCUGAUGGAGUGGUUGCUCUCGAUACGCCUUAUCUCGUCUGAUCCACAAGUGGCUCAAAAUGCAUGCAGGGUGGUGCUUUACUGCUAUAGAAAUUCAUCCAGAUCUCUCCCACCUCUUUCUGGUCUAGAGCGAGGGCAGUAGGAGUGAUGUCUCUUGAUUAAUUAUAUAAUAACAAAUUCAAAAUCUUAGAUAGACACAAAGUGCUGGAGUCACUCAGUGGGUCAGGCAGCAUCUCUGGAGAAAAUGGAUAGGUGAAUGUUCUGGGUUGGCACCCCACUACAAUCAGAUUGAACAAGGGUCCCAACAUGAAACGUCACCUAUUCCUUUUCUCCAGAGAUACUGCCUGACCCGCUGAGUUACUCCAGCACUUUGUGUCUAUCUCAGAUCAGAACUAUUGAUUGUUAAACAUUUUGGAAAUUUUUGAGUCUCAUGAAAUUCAGAACUCUUCCACUAAAUCGGCCAUUGAUCUGGACAUGUGAAGAGGCUGUAGAAUUCACAAAUCUCUUUAUUUGUAAAUUCUCCAGCCUCUUCAAACGUCCAGCGUAGAGAGGAUGCCCACGUGGACGCUCUCACUUGCUAGCUCCCGUUCCUUAUUAGGGACAAUGGUUGUUGUGUUUCAAGUACAUAUUUAUUUUAAUUUCAGCACCCAUUUUAAAAUAUUUUGAACAUCUGGCUUUUAAACAUCUGGCUAUAUCAUAUGUCAUCUAUGUCAUACCAAACUCCUAUACAUAUUAACAAAAAGUGCUGGAGCAACUCAGCAGUUCAGGUAGCAUCUCUGGAGAACAUGGAUAAGAAAUGUUUCGGGUCUGGAGAAGGGACUUGACCCGAAAAGUCACCCAGCCAUGUUUUCCAGAGAUGCUGACUGACCCGCUGAGUUACUCCAGCAUUUUGCGUCAUACCCUGGCAGGUGGAGGCUUAAGCACAAAUGAGUUUCAAAGAGCCUUUUUCUUUACUUUUCAGAUCGAAUGGUUCAAACAUCACGUAUGUCCGUGAUUUCAGAUCUAUUUGUCUCCUAUUUCAGGUUCUGGUGUCAGAUAAAAGCAGCUUUUCAUUCAAUUCAACAAAGUGGUGAAGAAUUUCCAAGCUACAGCUCCCAUAUGCAGCAGCGUGAUCCGCACAAGGCUAGUGGAAGAUUAGAAAUAUCACUUCAACCAACUAGUUGUCCCAUUUGACUGCUGACUUGUAGACCCCGUGGACAAACGUUUUAAGAAGAACGGGUAUUUUGGCAGAUUUGUAAACUAGAAUUGUAUGUGUUCCAGCAACUGGAUGCACAGUGGCGCAGCGGUAGAGUUGCUGCCUUACAGCGCCAGAAACCCAGGUUCCACGGGUGCUGUCUGUCCAGUUUGUACAUUCUCCCUGUGACUGCAUGGGUUUUCUCCGGGUGCGCUAGUUUUCUCCACACCACAAAGACUUGCCAGUUUGUAGGUUAAUUGGCAUCGGUAACAACUGUAAAGUGUCCCUAGUGUGUAGGAUAGUGCUAGCGUGCGGGGUGAUCGCUGGUUGGUGCGGACUUGGUGGGCCGAAGGACCUGUUUCCACGCUGUAUCUCUAGAGUCUAAAUUGGCUGUGCUGUGCCUCAGCACAUUGCAGACGACUGCAAACAUGGAUAGGAGACAUUUCAGGUUGGAACCUUUCUUCAGACUGAUUGAAGUGGGGGUGGGAAAUCAUUCUGGAAGAGAGUUGGGGACAGGACAAAGUCUGGCAAAUGAGAGGUGGGGACAGUUGAGGGGGAGUUUUGAUUGGCAGGUGGUUGGUCAAAGGCUGGAGGUGAAAAGACAAAAGGACGUGAAAGAAGGAAAGAGGCGUGAAAUGUGAAGGGAGAAAUGGGUGCGCAUACAGGUGUGGUACAGGGAAGAGAGGGGAUGGGGGGAUAUAUUCUUAAAUCACUCAUCGAUUUUUAAAACUCAAUUCCUCUUCUCUUCCUCGUGUUAUUGGUAGCCUGGUUUCUUAAUCUGUUAACAUGAGCAGCCCUACUCUGUUGGUUCACUCGAGGAGCAGUUAUAUGUUGAUAGGGACUGUCAUAUGUUGAUAGGGACUGUCAUAUGUUGAUAGGGACUGUCAUAUGUUGAUAGGGACUGUCAUAUGUUGAUAGGGACUGUUAUUUGUUGAUAGGGACUGUCAUAUGUUGAUAGGGACUGUCAUAUGUUGAUAGGGACUGUCAUAUGUUGAUAGAAUGGAGCGGCUUGGCUUGUAUACUCUGGAAUUUAGAAGGAUGAGAGGGGAUCUUAUAGAAACAUAUAAGAUUAUUGAAACAUAAGGUUAUUGUCUACUGUCUAUUGAUAAGAUAUUGCAUAAAAGCCAAACCUAUUCUCUCAGGACUUUGCCUGGAAACCAAUUCAGUUCUGACUCUCCGAUGUUCGAUUUGCCAGUGCACAACAGCCAGCCCGAGAGCAUGUAGUGAUUCAAGUUCCACCUGAAACAUCACCAAUCCUUUUUUCUCCAGCGAUGCUACCUCACCUGCUGAAUUACUCCAGCACUUCAUGUCUAUCUUUGGUAUAAACCAGCAUCUGCAGUUCUUUGUUUCCACCCCAAUAAUCUGGCUCG